GCGAGAAGUAUGCGUUAUUCUUUCAUAAUCUUCUAUCAGAGACUGUAGAAGACCUUCCGUUUAUUCGUUUCUGCGAAGAUUUGAGUGUCUCUUUGGGAAAGCGUGGGAAUGCAACGUUUGUUUCUGCGGUCAUUUUUUUUCAGCAUUAAAGGCACUAAUCGCCAACACAAAGCACUCAAAUCACAUUAUGACUUUUCAAACAUAAAUUGGCAUAUUUUUAUGAGUUUUCAUUGAAAGAAUGCAUACUUUCCGGGGGCUUGAAUGCUGAACGCUUUAGCGCAUGUGUGUCUCUUUCAAAACCUUCCCUUCCGUUUCAGGCUACGAUUUCAUGGUUACGUUGCGGUGGUUGCUAUGGACGCUGGAAUUGCUGCUCGGACACCUAGUUCAGUGAUGCUUAACCCGGGUUCGAUCGGUUAAGUCACUCUCAGGGGUUCAGCAGACACACACUCCGGUCAAGUGGUCCACGACUUCAAAAAUAAUGUAUAUAGUAAAAGUGAUAGACGGGCUUUUCGAUGGUGGAUGGCGGAAACGGUACUCUUUUAAGGGAGAUAAGCCCCGCCCCUCUCAGGCGCGAAUGUGUGCGUGUUUGUGUGUGUGUGCGCGCGCACGCGCGAGGUUCGGUGAAUGCGCUGAUGAAGCUCGCUGCCUCAUUAUGUAAUGAUUUUAUUUGAAUAAUCCUCCUGGCUGUUGUUUGUUUGUUUGUUUGUUUGUUUGUUUGCUUCUUUGUACGUAAAUAUCUGCCUUUGUACCAAAUACUCUGCCAAUAAAGGUUGAUUAGAAUAAAACAAACAAAAAAUACAUUUACAUUGUCAGACGCACUGGUCACGUGAACGGUCACAUUUAAAUAAAGUUGCAAGAAGAAGAAGAAGAAGAAACAGAAGAAGAAGAAGAAGAAGAAGAAAAAAGAUGGAGGAGGAGGAGGAUAGGAAGAAAAAGAAAAACAUGAGGAAGAGUCGUGUAAGGAUCGUAGACGACAAGAAAGAUCAGCUAUUUCUUGCCGACCUGUUUUUAGAAGAAUAUAAGCAAAGAAAAGAGUCAGCUUCAAGCCACCAAAAAGGUGUUUGGCUUGAAGAAGAUGAAGACGGCCAACCUCUCCCAAAAAGACGUAGGACUGGGGAGAAACGGAAACGGGGACCCGCCACUGUGACGUCUGGGAGCGCAGAACCUUCCUGUUCGUCGACAUAUGGACAAAAGGCAGAGACAGAGACCAGCCAAAACUUAGACUCCCUUAUCCAAGAAGUUCAAGACCUCUUGGAAUGUCCUGUUGAAGAACCUGUCUCAUCCCAGUGGAAGGAAAGGCAACGUUUAACCUUUGAAAAGUGGAGUACGUUAAGGCCCUUUAUGGUUAACCAGAUGUUAUCAUCACAGAGGCCUAAACAGGGACUAUGCCAACACUGUGGACAAAAGCUUGCAGUAGUGACAUGCAGAGAUUGUUUGCCAAGACCACUUUACUGCACUGCGUGUGAUAUUGCAAUACAUGAGUCUAUGGUACUCCAUAACAGAACUUCUAUGAUAGAGGGUUUUUUUAGGCCAUUGUCACCUUCCACAUACAUCAAGGAAGAUGAGGGAGGAAAAUUCUCCUACCAUGAAAAAGAGUGUUACUUACCAAUCAGGCUUCCUCACUGCGAUUGUUCCUAUGGACAAACAAGUGUUUCUCCAGGAAAGCAAGUAAUUUUGAUUGGAAUGAACGGUCGUUACAAUCUGUCCCUUCCAUGUGUCAGCUGCCCCUGCGGAAAGUCCUGGUCACUGGACAUAGGUGAUCUCGUUGACAGUGGUUAUUGGCCAGCCACAGCCAACUUUGACACUUUGUACACUGUGGAUUUGUUCAGUACAUUUGAGGAUCUCAAGAUCACUGCCCCAGGAAUGUCACGGCAAGCUUUUGUUAGCAUGCUAGAACACCGCACAAAAGUCUUUGGUCGGAGCGGCCAGAUAUGUGGGGAUACUAUGCAGAAGGCAUUUCUGGAAUGGAUCUAUGCCAAAUUUGAAGUGGAAAGGAUGUCUCUGGUGCAGCAUUUUCAGUGCCCUGCAUGCACACCCUCCAUGCUGGCUGUUGCAGUGGAUGGGAACCGAAAACUUUACCGCUUUAAGAGCCAACCGGGACCGAAUGGAUUUUUUGAUGGAGUGUUUCUGGCCAAGGAUGCUGAAGUGUCCUCCUUUGUUGACUACAUCCAUGGGACAACCAAACAUAAUCCUGCGAAAGCAAGAUGUGGUGCAGGUCAAUGGGUGGCAGCACGAGAGUCUGCGAGUAAGUCAGCAAGCAAAUUGGAUGAGGAAGGCGUGGAAGUUGCUGUCUGCCGUCACGGGGUCUUGCUCAAAGGACUGAAUAUGUUCCGUGGGGAAAUAUUUGCAUACCCAUUAUAUCUCCAGAAACAGUUGAAUUCACAGACUGUGAAGUAUUUUUGCUCAGAUGUAGUGUGCAAAUACUGGCCAUAUCUGGAGAGGGUGGUCCGUUUCUGCCCAGAGCUACAAGACCUGUUGAACAUGCGCCCAUUUCUUUCGAUUAUGCAUGCUAAAGCGCAUUCAUGGACGUGUGAGUUGAAGUGGGGAGGACGUAACCAGGAAGGAGCUGGUACAACCUUAGGAGAAGAAGUUGAACAAGUAAACAGUUUCCUUUCUCGAGCAGCCUUAUGUUCUAAGUUCAUGGCAAAAGCAGUUCGCACAGACAUGCUUACCAUCCAGGCAAGUGGCUGGAACAAGCGGAAGGCAGAACACCUUGACCGGACAUUAGCAAAAAGAUACAUCAAGACUGUACAGAGGAUUCCAGAUGCAUCAACAGAUCUUAAACAACUUACCACCGAGUUGGCUAUUCAGGAAGACACAGUACAGCAAUGGGUGUGUGAUGUUCAGCAGUGGACAACAGGAGCAACUGUUCCAAAUGACAGCCGACAGAAUACUAUUGAAGGACUCUAUCUGAGCAUCAAGCAGCGAAAGUUUCAUCUCUAUCGUCAGACAGUUGGCAGUAAGCAGAGACAUAAAUUGAGGAAAAAGAUUGCGGCAGAAAAGAUAGCUUUGGACGAGGCCAUUGCUGACUACAACACUGUUGUGGGGGAUGCUGACAAACUCCCUCCUCCUGACGAGCUCUUGGUCAAAGAAAACUUCUCCUGGCCAUGGCAAUGUCACAGUGAUAUGAUCGAGAAAAAAAAAGUCUAUGACAAAGUAAUGCUGCUGGAUAGACUUAAGGAAGAAGCCGUAAUUGUGGUUCAGGAAAUUAAGCAGCACUGGGAGUACAUGCGGAGCAUGGCUAGAAAGAUUGAAGAUCUUUCCUCCCAGCUCUCUGAAGGAAUCACAGGUCAAAGCAGCACUGAAGCAUUGACAGAGAGUGGACGUGAGGGACUACUCUGCAUAUUAAAAAGAAGACUGUGUGAAGUUCAAGCACAGCAGACUUCAGCACGCGCAACAUAUCUGCAUAUCCUGGGACAACACAUGGUGUCUUUGGAUGACUCUUCCUCUGAGGAAGAAAACUUGGAUAGUAGCUCGUCAACAGAUGAAGACUAAUGGGAGCCAUCGUUGGGCUCAUUCUGGAGAACACUGCAGUCUGACGCUGUACCUGCAGAGUCCACACCAACGUGCUCUCCAUUGUAAAUGUCUGCAAUUGUUAUAUGGUUUGUGCAUACUGUGUGUUCCUAUAUAAAAUAAAUGACUUUAAUUUCCACUAUUGUGACAUUUUCUUGCACUACAUUACAUUAUUUAACCUGUAAAGAUAAACUGUACAUUUAAUGCACAGUAUAGAAUACACAGUUACAGAUGUUUGAGAGUCACCCUUCUUAAUCUGAAUUAUGUGUAAUAACAGGAUGGCUGUUUCGCCUU